ACUGAAAGGUUACCAUUGAAGAGCAUUUACACAGAAAGCUUGGCGAAGAAGCUGGAGAUGGAUGUGGGCAGAGAGAAAAUCCAAGACAAUGAUACCCAAGAAAGAGGUAGUUUCAACCGCCUCCAUGGAAAGACAAGAAGGAGAAGGACUGUAUACAGCCAAACCCACCUUGACCUCUUGCUUAGCACAUUUAAUAAAGACCCAUAUCCUGGAAUCACAGUAAGAGAAAGACUGUCACAAAUAACUGGCAUACAUGAAUCCCGAAUCCAGGUCUGGUUCCAAAACAGGAGAGCCAGGAAGAACAAGAAAAGUGUACAGGAAAGAGAAAAUGUACAUAGCACAAAUGAAUGGCAUCAAUGCAAUACUAUUUUUAAAACCAACACAACAUCCCAGGCUGAGUGGAUUUCUAAGAACAAUGGACAUUAUGAAAAGCAGGAAUUUGGCUUUGGAGAUUACUCUGAUACCUCAUACGCUUACACCUGCUCCUCCAAACCCAAUGCACUUGGUUUGCCUCUUCCACUUCAGUGGUCAAAACCUGUGCCGGCACCAUUGAACCAUCUGUCCUCAGUAUAUCCACCAAUAUUAUCUGAUAGCAGAACACAGCAAUGUCAAGUAUUUAUCCAGCACAUAUCUAGACCUUCUGCCAGCUUUCUGCAUUCAAAAGAUUAUGUACAAAAGUCAGUGUUUGUCAGUCCAGCAGAGUCUGUUUCUUAUGGCAUGAUGCAAGAAUGGUCCUUGGAACAGAUGUUGGAAGAAUUUCAGCCUUGCUGGACAGAGGUGGCAGAUGAUUUAAUUGGUGAUAAAAACUGUCAUUCAGUGCAAUAAAGAAGAGAGUACUUACAAUUUUUCACCUAGAGCUUAUUCUAAUAAUGUAUGUUAGGUAAAAGUAACAUUAGUGCAAAUAAGUGAAAAGGUUUGUACAGGUCUAGUCACCCGAAUCAACCAGUGGGUAGCAUUGGUUACCUGUUUAAAAGCAAAUAUCUUACUGGUUGCUAAGGGUUAAUGCACCUGUGUAGACAUUGUGGCUUUUAUUACAUAUGGGGGUAGGUAUGUGUCUAAUCUCUUAUUCAUAUUGAAAGAUAUUAUUGAUAGCACCAAAACUUUGCAGUCUAUAGUGCAAGAACAUUAUCUAACAAUAACUGGUGUCACAGUUUAGAAAAGGCUGUGGUAUUACCCAUAUAGUGAUACUGCAGAAUAUAUUGAAGUUUUAUAAAUAAAGAUAUUUUUACAUUCA